GCGGUCUCAAAAGACAUGACCGUCUCGUUUGUGCGCACGAGGGGUCUCAAAGCAUUGAUGACAUACAGCGGGAGAGCAGCAUCCGCCGGACAGAGGGGCAAUCAAAUGUAAAACGAACGAUUCCAUCCUGCAGCGUUUCCAUAGCACUAGCCUCCGAUUACAGUCCUUUUGAUGUUUCUAUCACGAAUGAAUCGAUGACGAAGAAGAAUAAGAAGGAAAAGGAAGAUUGGAGGAGAUUCGCUUCUCUCAUAACGGGGUACCGGUGAAAGAGGGGCAGUAGCCUACCUAUUAGUCAAAAACGUCAAACGAGAAUAGCCGCACCAUCAUCAGUCGCGUCUGUUUGUCGUGAGAUGACAAAGUGAAGUGGCGGAUCAUGUCUCAGAAGAAGAUAUUUCUGGUCUUUGUGGCAAUCAGUACCGUCAGCCUACUGCUGCACCAUGGGGGCCAUUUCAGCUGGACGAUGGAAGCCUUUCACCUCGGCUGUCCGUCACUACGCACCCACCUGUCCUCCUCUCUUAAGCCCAAACACACCAACGUGGCCUUCCUCAAGACGCACAAGACGGCCAGCACCACCAUGCAGAAUCUGCUCUUCCGCUUCGCAGAGCGCAACAACCUGACAGUGGCGCUCCCUGUGCAGGCCUGCGGACACCAGUUCUGCUACCCGCGCACCUUCAACGCCCACCUCGUCCACCCGCACACCCUGCCACCCAACGUGGUCACCAGCCACAUGCGCUUCAACCGUGCGGAGAUGCAGCGCCUCAUGCCUAACGAUACCAUCUACGUGACCAUACUUCGGGAACCAGGGUCCAUGUUUGAAUCGUUGUUCAGUUACUAUAACCAGUACUGUCAGAGUUUUAAGAGAGUUCCCAAUGGGUCCCUGGAGGCAUUUCUGGACGAGCCGUGGCGGUACUACCGUCCGGACGAAAAGGACUCCAUGUACGCCCGUAACACGCUGACCUUUGACCUAGGUGGGGAUAAGGACCGUCCGGCGGCAGACACAACAGCGUACGCCCGGGCCUUUGUGGCUGAGACAGAACGCGUCUUCUCCCUGGUGAUGAUCGCCGAGUACUUUGACGAGUCGCUGGUCCUCCUUCGUCACCUUCUCUCCUGGGAUCUGGAAGACGUGCUCUACGUCAAGCUGAACAUGCGAAUGUCCGGCUCCAAGCACAGCCUCUCUCCAGGCCUCCCCUUCAAGAUCCGUGCCUGGAACGCCUUGGAUGCACGCCUCUAUGAUCACUUCAACGCCUCCCUGUGGCGCCAGCUGACUGCCCUGGGCCCGGCGUGCGUGGCCAGGGAGGUGCGGUUGCUCCGCAGGGCCCAGGAGAGGCUGGUGAGGGGCUGCUUUGGAGGACGGCUUCCCCAGCUCCGCUCUGCUGCCCAGAUCAAGAACAAGGAGCUGCGGCCGUGGCAGCCCAGUGCAAAGGUGGACAUCGUGGGCUACGACCUGCCGACCAACACCAACGCCACGUGGCCCGGAAGUCUGGCCCACGAGCUGUGUCUGAAGCUCAUCAUGCCAGAGGUCCAGUACACCAGGGUCCUGCUUCGAUCGCAGUCGCUACGCUACAGACGCAGCUACCCGCUCCGCUCCCCUCAGCCCCAGCCGCAGCAGCCCGUACGGUCGGUCCUGCCACGCCACCAACAGGUGGGGAUACAGCAGAUACACCGGGAGGCCCUUCCUCCAGGACUUGGUCCCGCCUCUAGCCCCACAGCCACCUCUCGACCUGCAGGGACCCAGAGCAGGGCCACCAGGGUGGGCCUAAGGCCCUCGGGCCCCCAGAGGCAGACGCCAUAACUUAAGACUGCAGCACCAGCCUUGAAUAUAGACAGACUGAAUACAGCCAGACUAAAUACAGGCAUGCAGGCAGACAGACAGACUGUCCUCCAGACUUCAGGGGGGGGGGACACCCCCAGAUUGGGGCUGGAGAUUGGGGUAGGACCCCAUCAUUAUGGGCACAGGCAGAGCACCCUCAUGAAUUACAAACUCUGUAUGGAACAAUAAAGAACUGUUACUCUCGCUUUAUCUCUCUCACUCUCUAAUGCCACCCCCCCCCCUCCCAAACCUUGAGAAGAUCAGUGAGAUGACAGUGAGAGAGGGUCAUCGCUCCGGGUCCGUGUCCAACCCUCUAAGCCUUCUCCAGAGAGGAAAACCAUCCAGUCCUGGGCCUCUCACCCAAUGACUUUACCCCCUCCCACUGAGUGUUAGGCCCGAGGACAGGUCAAAUGUCAAAAGUUAGGCCAGCGGUCCUUAGACUGACCCCCCCCCACACACACACUCGCAGCCCUUACACCAACUCUCUCCCUCCUGCCCACCCUGCUUUAGAACAUCUCUCUCUGCUUCUCCGACCCCAGCUCAUCUCUCUCUCCCCUCCACCAGCAACUGAACUAGACCAUGGCGGCUGCUGCUGACAAAUGGGAUGUUUUUAGAUAUGGGAAUUGUGUAUGUGUGUGAAAGCGUUUUUCCUAUGUAUUUUGUUUAUCUGGGGCGUUAUCGCAAUAAAGUUUUAUGUAAAGUCUUAUGUAAAGGUAGGGAUCUUAUAACCACAAGACACACACACACACCGGACUCAACCCGUUGUUGGUUCUGCAAGCCUGCUAAAAGACAUGAUGAGUGAGAGCUACAGUGUUUGAAUAUUUAAUUAUGUAUUCUUAAUGAGGCUCUCUUUGGAGAGACCUUCCACUUGGGUUACACAGUGAAACACACACACACACACACACACACACACACACACACACACACACAGCAGUGUGGAACAUGCCAAAGCAGCUUACUUAUCCGAAGCAAAGCAUAGGGAGGAAAUAACUACGAUACUGGGAGAAAGCAGUAGAGGAAGAGAGAGUCUGGGUCCUGUUCAUUUGGACACACUGCGGAAAACAUUUUAAAACAUUUUGCAAUGGGAAUUCGAAAAAGAUGUGUUUCUUCUUCGACAACUCCAUAUACUAUUUAUUCCCUUCCUGUUUCAGUCCUUGGUCUCCCAUUUGGUGCCUAAUGAACAUGGCCCUGGUGUGGUGGCUGUCAUGUGGAGGUGUUUUGCCACUCGUUUCAUUAUGUGGUACAUUUUUUAUGCAGUUGGUUGUUCAUGUUUAACCUAAAUGGUAUGCUUCGACCUGGGUGUCCUUGAGGGUGUGUGUGUGUGUGUGUGUGUGUGUGUGUGUGUGUGUGUGUGUGUGUGUGUGUGUGUGUGUGUGUGUGUGUGUGUGUGUGUGUGUGUGUGUGUGUGUGUGUGUGUGUGUUUGUGUUUCUGAGUAUAUAUUAUUUAUUCUCUUCAUCACUGGAAAAAAACAGUCUGUUUAUGUUUACCUUCAAUGUAUAUUUCCGAUUUUGGAACAGGACAUUGUAUUGUGGACCAAACCACUAAUGGCAAUACACAUUGUGCUGUACAUGGCAUGUUCUGAUGAAUAAAAUGUCAAAUUUCUACAUAGGCCAACCACGAAAGCUACUCGGACAGCACCAAGUGUAAUCACUGAGGCAUGAAUUGUGUUGUGUUUUAAGUGCUUCAUAAUGCUCUAGAGUGCAUCCCAAAUGACAGCCUAUUCCCUACAUAGUGUAUUAUUUGUAGUGCACUAUGUAGGGAAUAGGGUGCCAUUUGGGACUCAGUUCUAGUCUAGUGGAAAGAGGACAGGGUAGAAAGAUAACUUUCUGAAGGGCCCUUGACCCGUGAAAUCCUCCAUGUUUGACUGCUGUUCAUUUUUAAAGUGCUCUUUGAUUGUACUUUAUUUUUCAUCCCAAAUGUCACCCUUUGAAUAGGGAAUAGGUUGCCAUUUGGGACACAAGGUAUCAAAUCUAGGCUGGUUUCUCAGUUUUGAGAGACAUAACUAACACAUAAUGGUGGUUGUGUCACUUACAAGUCAGUGUUAGCCAGCCUUUUUAGGAGUGCUAGAAUUAAGCAAUAAGGCCUGAGGGGGUGUGGUAUAUGGUCAAUAUACCAUGGCUAAGGGCUAUUCUAAAGUACG